UAGCUGGGGGAGCUGCUGCAGGCUCCGCGGCGGCGGCUGCAACGGAGGCUGCGGGGGCGGCGGCGCGAGCGGCCGGGCUUGGGGGGGUAGCCGAGCCCGGCCCGGGAGCCCAAGCAGCUAAAGUGCGGGGUACCUAGGCCCUUCACGCUGGACUCCACAGUCUCCGGGCCGCCUGACCUCCGCACGGGUAUAUGGGAUGGAAGCGGGACCCUCGGGAGCAGCUGCAGGCACCUACCUGCCCCCCCUGCAGCAGGUGUUCCAGGCACCUCGCCGGCCUGGCAUUGGCACCGUGGGGAAACCAAUCAAGCUCCUGGCCAACUACUUUGAAGUGGACAUCCCUAAGAUUGACGUCUACCACUACGAGGUGGAUAUCAAGCCGGAUAAGUGUCCUCGCAGAGUCAACCGGGAAGUGGUGGAAUACAUGGUCCAGCAUUUCAAGCCUCAGAUCUUUGGUGAUCGCAAGCCCGUGUAUGAUGGAAAGAAGAACAUUUACACUGUCACAGCACUGCCCAUUGGCAAUGAACGGGUUGACUUUGAGGUGACAAUCCCUGGGGAAGGGAAGGAUCGAAUCUUCAAGGUCUCCAUCAAGUGGCUAGCCAUUGUGAGCUGGCGCAUGCUGCAUGAGGCCUUGGUUAGUGGCCAGAUCCCUGUUCCCCUGGAGUCUGUGCAAGCCCUGGAUGUGGCCAUGAGGCACCUGGCAUCCAUGAGGUACACCCCUGUGGGCCGCUCCUUCUUCUCACCGCCUGAGGGCUACUACCACCCGCUGGGGGGUGGGCGCGAGGUCUGGUUCGGCUUUCACCAGUCUGUGCGCCCUGCCAUGUGGAAGAUGAUGCUCAACAUUGAUGUCUCAGCCACUGCCUUCUACAAGGCGCAGCCAGUGAUUGAGUUCAUGUGUGAGGUGCUGGACAUCAGGAACAUAGAUGAGCAGCCCAAGCCCCUCACGGACUCUCAGCGUGUGCGCUUCACCAAGGAGAUCAAGGGCCUGAAGGUGGAAGUGACCCACUGUGGACAGAUGAAGAGGAAAUACCGCGUGUGUAAUGUUACCCGCCGCCCUGCCAGCCAUCAGACGUUUCCCUUGCAGCUGGAGAGUGGACAGACUGUGGAGUGCACAGUGGCACAGUAUUUCAAGCAGAAAUAUAACCUUCAGCUCAAGUAUCCCCACCUGCCCUGCCUGCAAGUUGGCCAGGAACAAAAGCAUACCUACCUGCCCCUAGAGGUCUGUAACAUUGUAGCUGGGCAGCGCUGCAUUAAGAAGCUGACUGACAACCAGACUUCAACCAUGAUAAAGGCUACAGCUAGAUCGGCCCCAGACAGACAAGAGGAGAUCAGCCGCCUGAUGAAGAAUGCCAGCUACAACCUGGAUCCCUACAUCCAGGAAUUUGGGAUCAAGGUGAAGGAUGACAUGACGGAGGUGACAGGGCGAGUGCUGCCGGCGCCCAUCUUGCAGUACGGCGGCCGGGUGAGCAGGAACCGGGCCAUUGCCACACCCAAUCAGGGUGUCUGGGACAUGCGGGGGAAACAGUUCUACAAUGGAAUUGAGAUCAAAGUCUGGGCCAUUGCCUGCUUCGCACCCCAAAAACAGUGUCGAGAAGAAGUGCUCAAGAACUUCACAGACCAGCUGCGGAAGAUUUCCAAGGAUGCAGGGAUGCCCAUCCAGGGCCAGCCUUGCUUCUGCAAAUAUGCGCAGGGGGCAGACAGCGUGGAGCCCAUGUUCCGGCAUCUCAAGAACACCUACUCAGGGCUGCAGCUCAUUAUCGUCAUCCUGCCAGGGAAGACGCCAGUGUAUGCUGAAGUGAAACGUGUUGGAGAUACACUCUUGGGAAUGGCUACACAGUGUGUGCAAGUGAAGAAUGUGGUCAAGACCUCGCCUCAGACUCUGUCCAACCUUUGCCUGAAGAUCAAUGUCAAACUUGGUGGCAUUAACAACAUCCUAGUUCCACACCAACGCUCUGCUGUCUUUCAACAACCAGUGAUAUUCCUGGGAGCAGAUGUUACACACCCCCCAGCAGGGGAUGGGAAAAAACCUUCUAUCACAGCAGUGGUAGGCAGUAUGGAUGCCCACCCCAGCCGUUACUGUGCUACUGUGCGGGUGCAGCGACCACGGCAGGAGAUCAUUGAAGACUUAUCCUACAUGGUACGUGAGCUGCUCAUCCAGUUCUACAAGUCCACCCGCUUCAAGCCUACCCGCAUCAUCUUCUACCGAGAUGGGGUUCCUGAAGGCCAGCUCCCCCAGAUCCUCCACUAUGAGCUGCUGGCCAUUCGUGAUGCCUGCAUCAAACUGGAAAAGGACUACCAGCCCGGAAUCACUUAUAUUGUGGUGCAGAAACGCCAUCACACCCGCCUUUUUUGUGCUGACAAGAAUGAGCGAAUUGGGAAGAGUGGUAACAUCCCAGCUGGGACCACUGUGGACACCAACAUCACCCACCCAUUUGAGUUUGACUUCUAUCUGUGCAGCCACGCAGGCAUCCAGGGCACCAGCCGACCAUCCCAUUACUAUGUCCUUUGGGAUGACAACCGUUUCACAGCGGAUGAGCUCCAGAUCUUGACGUACCAGCUGUGCCACACUUAUGUACGAUGCACACGCUCCGUCUCAAUUCCAGCACCUGCCUACUAUGCCCGCUUGGUGGCUUUCCGGGCACGAUACCACCUAGUGGACAAGGAGCAUGACAGUGGAGAGGGGAGCCACAUAUCGGGGCAGAGCAAUGGGCGGGACCCCCAGGCCCUGGCCAAAGCCGUGCAGGUUCACCAGGAUACUCUGCGCACCAUGUACUUCGCUUGAAGGCAGAACGCUGUUACCUCACUGGAUAGAAGAAAGCUUUCCAAGCCCCAAGAGCUGUGCCGCCCAAAUCCAGAGGAAGCAGGGAGGAGGGAGGUGGGGCAGGGAGGAAUGCAGAAGGCCUUGUUGCCUCUACAGAGGGGGCGAAAGGGUGGGGAACAGGGCCAGUAAGCCAGACCACCAGCCAGAAAUCUCUGAUAUUCACCUCAUGCCCUCCACCCCUCACCCCAUCUUGUCACAUCUGGCCCUGACUCCACUGGACCAAGAGAGGCAGCCCUGGUGCCCACCAUACACACAGAUGUCGCAUGUGACUCACAGCUAAAGACUCAGGCCUGACAGCUUGGUAAGGUCGGCCCUGCAGCCCUGCAGACAAAAGCUGGUAGGUUUGGGUUGGAUACUUUAGAUGGGAAAGUGAGGGGCUUGAGAAAGUGGGUGGGAGGAGGGAAGGAUUUUUUAGGAGCCUUAAUCAGAAAAGGUCUAGAUUUGUUUAAGAAGAAAAACGAAACCAGAUGCAGAUCAAUAUUUUAGGAUACUAGAUGUUUUAAUGGGUUGAGAAUCCAGCUUGUAGGAUGAUUUUUAAUGCUAAUGGUUUGGUUGCCCCUCCCCAGCUGCCACUUCUCUUUCCCUUAUUCCUCUUUCUCCACCUUUUCUACCCCACCUUACACCUUCUCCCUGACAGACAUCCAGCCCCUAGUAAGACUUAAGGCACUAUGGCACUUAGCUCUGAAGUGACACGACCCUGUCUUCCUUCCGCCUGCUGGUGGGUAACCAGUGCCUUCCCUGUAACGGUAAUGCUGCAGAACUGCAACCUUUUG